AUGAGAUUUUUUAAGUACCUUUUUGGCUUCAUAUCCAUGUUGACUUUAAUAGUAGCAGCGGACAAAACUACCAAAGCAUCGUCUACUACCAUCUGGAUCACUACCACUGUUAAGGGUGAAAAAACCACUAUGGAAACCGCGUAUAAACAAUCAUUUAAGAAAACAUAUUCCACAGCAGCAGACGAAGGGGACGUUAAGUCGGGUGGUAUUGGGCUUGGUUCCCUUAGUGGGAAUAUUGGAGAUGUGAGAAGCUAUGAGCAUACAACGGUGGGGCAAACGAAUGGUGCUGUUGGCGUUUUUAAAUCGGAAAAUAUAUAUUCAGGAAUAGCUGGUGUCUCCUUUUUACUUUUAGGGGCUUUGCUUUGA